GAAAAAAUAACGAAAAACUGAACAAUCAUACAAUAUUUGCCUUAUGUAACACGUUGGGAUUAUUUAGCUACUAUGUUCACAGAGGCAAUAACGGUAAAUGCACCAGAACAACUGGAAAAUGUUCAAGUACCUAAAAGGGCUAGCUAUAUCAGAGUAAUUAUGCUGGAGCUGAGUCGUAUAGCUUCUCAUUUGUUAUGGCUUGGACCUUUUAUGGCGGAUAUCGGUGCACAGACUCCCUUUUUUUAUAUGUUUAGAGAGAGGGAAUUGAUAUAUGAUUUAUUCGAAGCUGCCACAGGUAUGCGAAUGAUGCAUAAUUAUUUCCGCAUCGGAGGCGUAGCAGCCGAUCUACCUUAUGGCUGGAUAGAUAAAUGUUUAGAUUUUUGUGAUUAUUUUUUAACAGGGAUUCUUGAAUAUCAAAAACUUAUUACGCAAAAUCCUAUUUUUUUGGAACGAGUCGAAGGAGUGGGCAUUAUUGGUGGGGAGGAGGCGAUAAACUGGGGUUUAUCGGGACCAAUGUUACGAGCUUCUGGAAUACAAUGGGAUCUUCGUAAAAUUGAUAAUUAUGAGUGUUACAAUGAAUUCGAUUGGGAAGUCCAAUGGCAAAAAGAAGGAGAUUCAUUAGCUCGUUAUUUAGUACGAAUGGGUGAAAUGAGGGAAUCCAUAAAAAUAAUUCAACAGGCCCUAGAAGGAAUUCCUGGCGGACCCUAUGAAAAUUUAGAAGUCCGGCGCUUUGGUAGAGCAAAAAAUUCCGAAUGGAAUGAUUUUGAAUAUAGAUUUAUUAGUAAAAAACCUUCGCCCAAUUUUGAAUUGUCGAAACAAGAACUUUACGUAAGAGUAGAAGCCCCAAAGGGGGAAUUAGGAAUUUAUUUGAUAGGAGACAAUAGUAUUUUCCCAUGGAGAUGGAAAAUUCGUCUACCCGGCUUCAUAAAUUUGCAAAUUCUUCCUCAACUAGUUAAAAGAAUGAAAUUGGCUGAUAUCAUGACGAUACUAGGUAGUAUAGAUCUAUUCUUUUACUUAUUUUGUUUGUUUGGACUUGUUUAA